CGUGCUGUGCUGAGCGGAGUGGCAGCGGCUGCCCGGGGAGGGAGCUCGGACAGAGUAAAAACUUCCCAAUGGCGCAAGUAGGGGCAGUGGUGGCUGUGGCGACUAGUUUCUUCUGUGCAGCCCUCUUCUCAGCCGUGCACAAGAUUGAAGAAGGGCACAUUGGGGUGUAUUACAGAGGUGGUGCUCUGUUGACCUCCACCAGUGGCCCUGGUUUCCAUCUCAUGCUUCCUUUCAUCACAUCGUAUAAGUCCGUGCAGACCACACUCCAGACAGAUGAAGUGAAGAAUGUUCCUUGUGGAACAAGUGGUGGCGUGAUGAUUUACUUCGACAGAAUUGAGGUGGUGAACUUCCUGAUAUCAAAUGCUGUUUAUGACAUAGUGAAGAACUACACCGCCGAUUAUGACAAGGCCCUCAUCUUCAACAAGAUCCAUCAUGAACUGAACCAGUUCUGCAGUGUACAUACGCUCCAAGAGGUUUACAUUGAACUCUUUGAUCAGAUUGAUGAAAACCUCAAACUGGCUUUGCAGCAGGACCUGACCUCCAUGGCACCUGGACUUGUCAUUCAGGCUGUGCGGGUCACAAAGCCCAACAUUCCUGAAGCAAUCCGAAGAAAUUAUGAACUAAUGGAAAGUGAGAAGACAAAACUCCUUAUUGCAGCACAGAAACAGAAAGUGGUGGAAAAGGAAGCAGAAACAGAGCGGAAGAAGGCUCUCAUCGAGGCAGAAAAAGUGGCUCAGGUGGCGGAAAUCACUUAUGGGCAGAAAGUGAUGGAAAAGGAAACAGAGAAGAAGAUUUCAGAAAUUGAAGAUGCUGCAUUCCUAGCUCGAGAGAAAGCAAAAGCUGAUGCUGAGUGCUAUACAGCCCUGAAAAUAGCUGAAGCAAAUAAGCUAAAGCUAACCCCGGAAUACCUGCAGCUGAUGAAAUACAAGGCAAUUGCCUCCAACAGCAAGAUUUACUUUGGCAAAGACAUCCCCAACAUGUUCAUGGACACCGCAGGCAAUCUGGCCAAGCAGUUUGAGGGGCAGGCCGAGGAUCUGGGCUCUAACAUCGAGGACAGCUGGGGGACAGCCACAGAGGAGCAAUGAGCACAACGUUUUAUACAGCCUUGAAGGACACUAAAAAGAAAUCUUUCUAUUUAUUUUUCAAAGAUGAAACAAUGUCCUUUCCCCAGAACUACCUUCUUGGACUCUCUUCUAAUACUGUGAUAAAGUGGCAGAAAAGGACUUAAACAAUCACAUGCUUUGGGGGGGCUUGUGAUUGGGAGCUUCAUAUAGGUGGAUUAGACCUGACAAAAUCUGGAAAGCAUUGGUUUAUUCUAAACCCUUUGACUUCAAGUUCCAGGUUUGGCCCCUUUGAAGCUUGACUUAAUUGGGGAUGGUGUUGUUAAGGAACCGGGAAAAUUCAGGGUGUUUCUGCUAGGUGAUUUGACUCUUCUGUUUUAUGGAGAAGUAUGGUCUAGUUCUCUAACCCUUGCUUGCAAUGUAGGGGACUGGAGGGUGAAACUCAGCAACUGAGCAAAACAUAUGUUUCCAAGUCUUGCCAGUGGGUUUAUGGAAAAACAUCUGCAGAAAGUCAAUU